CACUACAAAGCUAGCUCUAGCUCACUACGUAGACAACAAGUAGCAUCAAUGGCGUCCCCGGCUGCCUCCUCGGUCCUCUUCAUCGUCCUCGCCGCCUUCGCGGCUGGCGCCAGCGCGGCCACCUUCACCGUCACCAACAACUGUGGCUCCACGGUGUGGCCGGCGGCCACCCCUGUCGGCGGGGGACUGCAGCUCAACCCUGGCCAGACGUGGACCUUCAACGUGCCCGCUGGCACCAGCUCCGGCAGGGUCUGGGGCCGCACGGGGUGCUCCUUCAACGGCGGCAGAGGGAGCUGCCAGACCGGCGACUGCGCGGGCGCGCUCUCCUGCACCCUCUCCGGGCAGCCCCCGAUGACGCUGGCCGAGUUCACCAUCGGCGGCGGCGGCGCCCAGGACUUCUACGACAUCUCGGUGAUCGACGGCUACAACCUGGCCAUGGCCUUCUCCUGCAGCACCGGCGUCGGCCUUGUGUGCAGGGACUCCAGAUGCCCCCAGGCGUACCUCUUUCCAAGCGAUAAUACGAAGACCCAUGCGUGCAACGGCAACAGCAACUACCAGGUGACCUUCUGCCCGUGAGGCGGCCGGCCGGCCGGUGAUCGAACGAUAUGCAGCAUGGCGCGUGAACAGCCAUAUGCACGGCAUAAGACGAUAGUGCGCAAUGCUGCGUCGUGGCCACAUACGUAGGUGUUAUAUAUAGCUACCCGCUUAACAUAUAUAUACCUAUAUGUAUGUUGGAGCAGAAAAGAAUAAUAAAUUGAUGAAAUAAGACGAUCGAUCGUGAUUUAUGAUCUAUAUGUGCGUUCAUAUAUUUUCUGAACCAAACUAGCUAUAUGCUUUUGUAUGGACCUUCAAUAUUUCGGACGAUGAAUAAUAUAUGAGUCUAGCUA